AUGCCGCGAUACACUUUAGUCGACACCGUCAAGUCGACUAUAUCCCCGUCCAAGUCGCUGUGGAGGGAAGGAUUGUUCAUCGCGACUGUCUGCAUUGCCCAGUUCAUGACACAAGCUGGCCUGGCCAUUGCUAUUGUUCCUGGUCAAAUAAUUGGCAGGAGCUUCAACUCAACCUCACCAGUCUCCACGGUCGGCACAUUCAUUCUCGUUGCGGGUCGUCUGGGAGACAUGUACGGUCAUCGCUUGUUGUUCAUUGUUGGGUUCUUGUGGGUUGGACUCUGGUCAUUGCUCGCGGGGUUCAACGUCUGGUCGAGUCCUAUUUUCUUCGACUGUUGCCGAGCAUUUCAAGGAAUUGGUCCUGCGAUGCUCCUUCCUAAUGCAGUGGCCAUCUUUGGACAGACACAUAUCCACCCGGUCGCCGAAAGGAGUUUAUUUUUAGCUUUUUUGGUGCGACUGCACCUGGCGGUUUUGUCGUUGGCGGUGUUUUCUCCUCAAUUUUUGCACAUUUCGUCUGGUGGCCAUGGGGAUAUUGGGGUUAUGGGAAUUGUCUGUUUCGUCCUUGCUGGAAUUGGCUUCCUCGUUAUUCCAACUUCCUCGCGAUGUAAGACCGAUGACCAUGUGAACCUUACCGAGAGACUCGACCUCCUUGGCGCGGCAGUCGGCAUAUCGGCCUUGGUUUUGGUUAACUUUGCCUGGAACCAAGCCCCUCUUGUCGGUUAG